GGUGUUUAGUUUUCCUGUGAUAGACACGGCUAGUUAGCAUUUAGCAGCUAUCAGCAUUAGCCCCUCAGGUAAACACACAGGCUGACAGGGAGAGGACGGCUCACACACAGCUGCUGUGCUCUCAGGAAAGGUUGUCUGCUAUAAGUGGCAGGCAGCCCGUGGAUUACACUGUUAAAGCUAAGUUAAUACGAUGAGCUCAGGACAGGCAAUGUCCAUAGUAAAUUAUGAGUAACGUCCCUCAACAACGAAUUUCUACAACACAACAAACACAGGCCAGUGUGUCCAUCUGGGGAUGGGGGGGUCUUGGAGUCGUGCUGUUCCUCGUCACCUUUGGACCCUUUGCCAUAUUCUACCUGGCCUUUUAUAUCUUCUGCUUCAUUGUAGGGGGCUUUGCGGUCACUCUGCUCUAUGGAAAGAUCAACUCAGAGAAACACCUGGAAAAGUGCGAGCACUCCUACUUGGCCCCCACACAAAUUGGUAUACUAAAGACAUUGGAUGAGAUGAAGUUGGAGAUGAAGCCUAUAAAAAUAGACAGGAGACUAACUGGCUCCAGUUUUAUAGAUGAACCACUACAACAGGUGAUCCAGUUUGCUCUGAGAGAUUAUAUCCAGUACUGGUACUACACUCUGAGCGAGGAUGAGUCCUUCCUAUUGGAGAUCAGACAGACGCUGCAGAAUGCCCUCGUCCAGUUCUCUACACGGUCCAAAGAGGUGGACUGGCAGCCUUACUUCACUACUCGCCUGGUGGACGACUUUGCCACCCAUUUACGUGUCUUUAGAAAAGCCCAGGACCGCCUCGCAGACAGAGAGGACAAGCAAAGGGACAUAACGGAGGAGCUGGUGGACUCCUUCUUUGAGGCCGAGGUGGAGAUGGAAAGGAAGAUUUGUCGAGACGUGGUGUGCACUUCACACAAAGAUGAAGAAGGUUUUCUUAGGGACUUGUGUGAGUUGCUUCUGUAUCUGUUACUACCUCCUGGAGAUUUCCACAACAAGAACAUGAGAUACUUCCUUAGGGAGGUGCUGGCCCGUGGUGUUCUACUUCCUCUGAUCAACCAGCUUAGCGACCCAGACUACAUCAAUCAGUUUGUCAUCUGGAUGAUACGGGACUCCAGCUGUAAUUAUGAAGCCUUCAUGAACAUCCUGAAGCUGACAGACAAGCCCUCUGAGCUGGAGGCGGUGAAGGACAAGGUGCUGGAGGAGCUGCAGUACCUCCGCUCCCUGGACACCGCCGGAGAUGACAUCAAUGUGAUCAAGAACCAGAUCAACAGUCUUCUGUUUGUGAAGAAGGUGUGUGAGACUCGGAUCCAGAGACUACACUCUGGCAAGGAGGUGGAUGCCCUGAAGCUGGCAGCCAACUUUGGCAAACUGUGUGUCAUCCCUCUGGAUCACAUCCUCAUCCACAACAUAGCCCUGCAGUUCUUCAUGGACUACAUGCAGGCGGCGGGGGCCCAGGCAGAGCUGUUCUUCUGGCUCACUGUGGAGGGCUACAGGGUGACGGCACAGCAGCAGCUGGAGGCUAUGCAGAACUGGCAGAAAGAUGGCAAGAAGCAGCCCAGCAACACCAAGGGGCUGCUGAAGGCCGCUGCACUGGGCGUCUACGAACAAUACCUCUCGGACAAGGCGUCGCCCCGGGUGCAGGUGGAUGAAGCGUCCGUUAUCAAACUAGGGGAGAAGCUCCAGAAAGACGACCCCACACCAGAGAUAUUUGAUGAAAUUCAGAAAAGUGUGUAUGACAUGAUGCUACGAGAUGAGCGCUACUACCCCUCCUUCAAGCAGAGUCCUCUCUACGUCCGCAUGCUAGCCGAGCUGGACAUGUUGAAAGAGCCGAGCUACCGGGGGUCUGAUGACGGGGAUGGAGAAUCCUUCAAUGGCUCUCCCACAGGAAGCAUAAACCUAUCUUUGGACGAUUUGUCCAAUUCCUGCCAUGAUGAUACUUUGCACCUACAUGCCUUCAUCUCUGACACAGGGGUGUGCAACGACCACGGUAAGACCUACGCGCUGUACGCCAUCACGGUGGUCAGACGCAGCCAUGACGGCAGUGAGGACUGCUGGAAGACCUAUCGCCGCUACUCCGACUUCCACGACUUCCACAUGAGGGUCACUGAACAGUUUGAGAACCUGGCGUCGAUUCUCAAGCUGCCAGGGAAGAAGACCUUCAACAACAUGGACAGAGACUUCUUGGAGAAGAGAAAAAAAGACCUAAAUUCUUACCUGCAGUUGCUGAUGAACCCAGAGAUGGUGAAGGCCUGUCCAACUCUGAUUGCUUAUGUCUAUGACUUCCUCGAGAACAAAGCCUACAGCAAGGGCAAGGGAGAGUUUGCACGCAAGGUGGACACAUUUGUAAAUCCUCUGAGGAGCUCCAUGAGAAACGUGUCCAACGCAGUGAAGUCUCUGCCGGACAGUCUGGCGGAGGGCAUGAAUAAGGUCUCUGAUAACAUGGGCCGCAUGUCAGAGAGACUCGGGCAGGACAUUAAACAGUCCAUACUCAAGGUGCCUCCACUCCUCCCUAAGACUGACAUCGACCCCGAACACUGUCGAGUUUCUGCUCAGCUCGAUGACAAUGUGGAUGAUAACAUACCGCUGAGAGUAAUGCUGCUACUGAUGGACGAGGUGUUUGACCUUAAGGAGAAAAACCAGUGGCUGCGCAGGAACAUAAAGAACCUGCUGCAGCAGCUCAUCAGAGCCACGUAUGGAGACACCAUCAACAGAAAAAUUGUGGAUCAUGUGGACUACAUGACCUCACCGGAGCAGGUUGCAGACUACGUCAAGAAGUUCAGGGACUCUUACUGGCCCAACGGCAUUUUGGCUGAGACGCUGCCCCGCCGGGAGAAAAACAUCCGCCAGAGGACACGAAUAGCUGCCAAGACUAGUCUGCUGGGCAUCAUGCCAGACGAGCUGAAACACAUCAUCGGAGCAGACACCACGAGGAAGGGCAUCCUCCGCGUCUUCGACAUGUUUCAGUACCAGCCCAUGAACCGCCGGCUAGUCUACGUUUUCCUGGAGGGCUUCUUGGAGACGAUGUUCCCCCAGUACAAAUUCCCCGAGCUCUUUGUCAAGCUGCACUCCCGCUCGCCACGCAUCCACAAAUAUAGUCAGAAACUCAAAUCUUCCUCCCUCAAGAGGUGACAGGAGAGGACGGAGGCGACGGGACACGGGCCGACUACACACACACAGACUUGAGAGCUGAGAGUGAGAGUGAGGGGGGGUGGAUGUGAACGUUGAGGUAUGUGUGUGAUUUCUGCCCUUCUACUUCCCUCACACACUCUUUUCAGUGAAAACACUCCGAUUAUCCAUUUGAGUGUUUCUGUGGUCACAGAACUGAAGGAAGAACAACACACACUCUGCCCUCCUCUCACCCUGUGAUACACACACACACACACACACACAAAUUACUGUAAUUUGCACCAAGACUGGACAUGGCAGUCUUUUGUCUUAGUUUAGAUAUUUUCCUCCUCUUUUUUUUAAAAAACUUUUUUAGUUGUGUUUAGCUUUAUCACGGGCCAGUCAAUGCUGCUUUCUCCCGGUCCAGACUCCAGAGAGCGGACCUUACUGUAUUCUUUUUUAAAUGCAGGAGUAGUUAGCAUAGACCCACACCUUGCCUUACCUCCCCGCUUCUGUCUCUUGGCCCCGACACGCCGCACCAUCUCAGUGACCCGGCCUCUCAGCUGUGGUCACACUUACCCUCUUGCUGUAAACAUUUUAUCUGCAAAAGCUGCACACUUGCAAACCAUUUUUCAUAGCAACCAAAUAUGUCAAUAGCACUGGGUUGAAAAAGGCGCUGUUUUCAAAAAAUGUGACGAAAGAGACCAUUUCGAUUUUUAUUGUCUGCAUUUUUUUCCAGCUUCAAUGCUUCUCUCGAGACAGGAUGAGUUUUUUGUUUCUAGCUCCACCUCCCCUUUAAAGCUACUUUCACGACCUGAGACGACCAAAGCUCAUGCACACACACCUGUGUGUGCACUGGUUUGAUGUUGGAACACUCUGAACAUUACUGUGCUUCAUAUCCUAAUCAUGUGAGGAGAGAUAAUGCAAAGGUGAGGCUGUGAGGACACAUGAAGUGUGUUACAGUUGUGGGAGGCUCAGCUCUAGCUGUCAAAGUGCACUAACAAAGAAUGUACCCUCUGGUGUAGUGUAUUUGGCUCAUGUAGAAUUAUGUGUGAAUGUGUGUGUGUUUUGAAGAUGCAACCCUCUUCAGUCAGAAACUGUGCCAGUGUGAGCUCGUUAACCAGCCUUAAACGUACUAUAAACUGACCAAGAGAUGCACGCUAGAGGUAGCUCUCCUUCACUCGACUGAACGUUACAAAGGAAAUCAAUAUAGAUAUAUGGAAAUAUAUCCCUAUUCACUUUUAUUCAGAGAAAAUUUCUUUAAUUUUGUGCAAUAUUUGUUACUUUAAUGCAUGUGCAUUUUGAAUCAUUGUAUACUGAAAAAGUCAAUCAUAUCGUUUUAAUAGUAGAAAACACGAGAAGUUUCCCCAGAAAUGUCUUCUUGUUCCAACAACUCUACAUUCCGUUGUUGUAAAAGUAAAAAGUUUAUUUUACAGACUUGUUUUAUAAGUCUGAUUUUUUUUUUUUGUGUGGUGUGUGUGGGGGGGUAUUUUACACUUAUCCCUCGUCCACUCGUGCAGCAUCUGUAUUGUGGGUAUGGAUUGGACAGUGGUAGGGCGUUUUCCUUGUCGCAGCCCGAUGUUUAGCUCAUUGGGCCUCAAACUACAAACUGCUUCUUUUUAACUCAUAAGUGGUGUUUUAUGCAUUAAGCCUGUUCUGUUGAGUGUGAACAGACCCCCCUCCUCUCUUGUCUAUUGGCUCACAGGAGAGCCAUGUCCUGUGACCAAUCAAAUCACUGCGAAUGAGCACUUACCGUAGCAAACUGUGGGAGGGCCAGUUCUCCCAUUGGCCAGACGGAGCCCCAUCCUGCUGCAGCCAUUGGAUGGACCCCCGUCGUCUGCUUUGAUUUGCUUGCACUGAGCAGCCCUGGUGGACUCUGAUUGGCUGAGUAAAAGGACAUGAACUGGAGCCUAUAACUAGGAGGUGAAUCUUUUGUUCCCACGGUGGAGGAGGUGUCACUUUUAACUUUCUGCACAUCUCUUCAUAUCGGAAGGCUUGUCUUUUUUUUUUAACCCCAGUAUUUAUGAAUCUAUGAUAAUGAAAUUGUGCAUAUAUGUGUACAGUAUGUGUUAAUAGUGUGCCUAAAUGUACUGUCAACUCUAUUUUCAUAUUUUUCUUUAACCAAAAAAAAAAAAUCAAUCAGAAUGUCAUGAUCAUUUUACGCGACUGAAAAUGACUUUAGGGUGUUUUUUUGCAUCAUGCUUAUCAAACUCUUCCUUGUGAGCAAUUGUGCUCCGAUCAGUAUAACACUAAUAAAAGGUAACAGACUAACUGACCCACGA